GUCGAUAUAUAUUAUCAUUACAUGUCUCAUCUUCAUCUUCUUAUUCAUCUUCAUAUUCAUCGUGGCCUAAACCUAGGGUUUGCUCCAAUUCCUUCGUAUCUUUAAUUCCAAUUUCUUCGUUUCUUUAAUCCGAAGUGAACAUAUAUGCAGCCGCCGAACAUAAUCCUGCGCCCGCCGUUUGUUAUAUAAUAUCUUUCCUUUCGCGAACUGAUUCAUGAUUUGGGAAUUAUCAAUUAUGAUUAUCCCCGUCGAUUUUCAAUUCUCAUCGUCACAUGGUAUGAAGCUGAGCUAUAAUCUUCGAGUUUUUGGACCUGGUUUGAAUCCUUUUGCCCCCUACAACAUGGCCAAUCAUUCCUCUCGCUAAAUUUUAUUCUCUUUUUUUCUUUUUCGAGCCUUCCUAUUCAGAUAAUGUAAAAGGAUUUCACAUUAGCGAAGCGAUUGUCAACUGAUUUAUGUGUCAAGUUUUCUGUCCUGAAUUCUGAGGCUAUCGUUACAACAAAAUAUUGAAGGUUUUUGUUUUGAUUUGAAGGCCUUCGUUUUUUUUUCGUUUUAAUCGUUAGUGUUCUUCCUUUUACGAAGAAAAGGGAUCUUCAAGAUUGGAACCUUAUCAGCUUCAGUUUUGGGUUGUCUUUUUCAUCUUCUGUAAAACUGCUAAGUAUGUGAGACGGUCUUUAGUCUUGACUUUGGCCUCUUUUUAGAAUCAAAGGGUUGGGAUUUGAAGUCUCUAGGUUUGUUACGCAUAGCAAACUAUUUGUCUUUGUAUAUCAAAAGACAGAAGAACAUUUAUUCAUAUAUCUACACAUAUAUAUCCUUCAAUGCCGGAGUUCGAGAUUGAAUCUGUUAGGAGGAGCCGAAGGGUGUUUAGAUCGGGAGAUGAUAGGGAUGAUCGAGGCUGGACCUUGCUCCACAUCCAUGCUAGGAAAGGUGACCUCAGAGAGGUGAGACGGCUUCUCGAUGAAGGAAUGGAUGCUAAUGUGGCUGCCUGGGGCCCGAAGUCCCACGGUGUGACCCCUCUCCAUCUUGCUGCUAAAGGUGGCCACAUUAAAGUUAUGGAUGAACUGCUCGAGCGUGGGGCCAACAUCGAUGCCAGAACUAAGGGGACCCCACUUCACAAUGCAGCUAAAGAAAGAAAGAAGAAAGCAAUAAAAUUCUUAGUCGAAAACGGGGCAUUUUUGCCGGACAACAUCGAUGACUCAAGGUUCAACCCGCCCAUGCACUACUGUCCCGGCCUCGAGUGGGCUUAUGAAGAAAUGAAGCGUUUGCAGGACAUAUCUUCUUCAUGUGAGACAUCCUGCAGCUCAGAUAACUGAGGCGUAUUACGUAUGUACCCUCAGAAAAGUGAUGUUUUGUCUCGAUGCUUUUUUGAGUGUUCUGGAGGAAGAUGAGAGAUCUGGUACUUCUGAUGGGUGAUGGCUUUGAUCUUCAGCUCUGUUCCCUGGUUGCUCUGUGGUGACUGAUAUACAGAGUGUAGUUCAUGACAAUGAUAGUAGUGUGUGACCUUGGAUAAAGUGUGUUUGUUUUUUCUUGUGUUUGUCUUCUUGAACAAGUAUCUUUGUUUGCUUGUGUCGUUUCAAUCUUUUUCAAUCUUUUUAGUGAUGAUCGGUGUGUGGGGAUGAUUUCUCAUUUAAGAACAGACUAUGUUGUGGAGUGUGCUGUGGUGAUUAAACUGGUCAAUAAAUGUGACUCUCUCUCUCAGAAUAUGUACAGCCUGAGCUAUUUUUGUCAAUUCUUCUUAGAGAUUGUUUUCUUUUUUAAAUGUUAAGCUACACUUUUGAAAUGAGCCCCAGCGAAAAUGCCAUUGUUAGCUGACCGGCAACCACAGCUAUUUUUGUCAAUUCUUCUUAGAGGUUGUUUAUUUAAAUGUUAAAGCUACACUUUUGAAACGAGUCCCAGCCAAAAUAUCAUUGUUAGCUAA